AUGAAUCCACUCGAAAAAGUCACCCUCGGCAGCAGCGGCCUGCGCGUCACCCGCCUCGGCUUGGGCUGCGCCUCUAUCGGCGGCCUAUACGGCGACAUAUCAGACGACCAAGCCGUCACCGUCGUGCACCGCGCCCUGUCUUUGGGGCUGAACCUCUUAGACACCGCACCGCUGUACGGGGCGGGCAAAAGCGAAAUCCGUCUCGGGCAGGCCCUCGUGGGCGUGCCGCGCGACAGCUAUGUGCUCGCCUCCAAAGUGGGACGCGUCUUGGUCCCCACCGAGCAAGACCAACAGGUGGGCGCGUUCGACGACCCGGCUCCGUACCAGCCCGUGUUCGACUUCAGCUACGACGGCGUCAUGCGCUCGUUUGAAGACAGCCUCAAACGCCUAGGCGUAGAUCGCAUCGACAUCCUCCACAUUCACGACCCGGACAACCACUGGCAGGAAGCCAUCGACGGUGCUUACCCCACGCUCGACAAGCUGCGCAGCGAGGGCGUCAUCCAAGCCGUCAGUGCGGGCAUGAACCAAUGGGAAAUGCUGGCCCGCUUUGCCCGCGAAGGCGAUUUCGACUGCUUCCUCCUCGCCGGACGCUACAGCUUGCUCGACCAAGGCUCCCUCGACGAACUCCUGCCGCUGUGCGUAGAAAAGAACAUCGGCAUCAUGGCCGGCGGCACGUACAACAGCGGCAUCUUGGCCAAAGGCGCGCGCCCGGGCGCGACCUACAACUACCGAGAAGCGCCGCCCGAAAUCGCCGCUAGGGCCAAGUCCCUAGAGGCCGUGGCCGCGCGCCACCAAGUCGAUCUGCGGGCCGCGGCCUCGCAAUUUGUCUUCGCCCAUCCGGCCAUCACCUGCAUCAUCCCCGGGACGCGGCAGCCCGAGCGCGUGCAAGAGAAUUUCGACUUGCUCACUCGGGAGAUUCCCCCGCCGUUUUGGGCUGAACUCCGCGACGAGGGCUUAGUCCGCGACGACGCCCCGCUGCCGUGA